AGGCGCCAGAUCCAGACCACUAACAACACGACGCCGGCAGCAACCUUCCCACAAGCAGCGGCCAUGGCGUACUCGGCCUCCCUGCAGAGCUUCCUCCCACCCUCGGCCCACGCGGCGAUGUCGUCGUCCCAGCACCGGCCCAACCGCGCCCGCCCCUUCCAGUGUGCGGCCGUUUCCGCCCCGUCGUCGGCGGCCGCCUCGCCGUCGGCCUCGGCCGUCCCGGCGGAGCGGCUGGAGCCGCGGGUGGAGCAGCGCUGCAACAGGAGGGCGGGUACUGGGUGCCUCACAAGCUCACCAAGCUGCCCAUGGAGCAGAUCGAUGCCGACAAGCUCACCAAGCAGGACGUCGACGUGCGGCUCAAGUGGCUCGGCCUCUUCCACCGCCGCAAGCAGUAGUGUAUGCCCCUGCUCUGUCAAGGUUCUGAGGCAUCAUCUUGUGGAGGAGUCAUGUUGAGAUCAAUCCCAAACAUCAUUGCGGCGGUGGAGCACUUGCUCAGCAGCAGCAACAACAGAGGCGGGGGCGGGGAAUACCAGCAGCAACAGAGGCGAGGGCGGGCGCGGAGAGGAAGACCCUGGGCUUGGAGGAGAGGUUGAGCAGGGCCAACGCGGCGAUGAAGACCCUGGGCCAGAGUGGCGACAAAGACCCAGCGCCGCGACGGCGACCAAAAUUGUCCGCGGCGACGGCGGCCAAGGCGGACCAAAUCGAGGACCUAGUCAUCGAUUUACUGCUUCUUGGCAUGAUUCAGAGGGAGGUGACGAAGAGGAAGAACUUUAGGAGCAAUCCCACUGCUCAGGUAGGCGAGGGCACACCCAUGGCGGCUGCGCGCAGCUGGGCGGCGGCGCAAGGCGCCUCCGUGGAGGUUCUGCGCGUCUCCUCCGCGACGACGCAGGUCGUCUCCUGCACAGGCGGCUGGGUCCUGCAACACGCGGAGACUCUCUCUGGGUGCUGAGGAGAACGGGGGAGGAAGACGGGGGAUGGUGGCCGGAGCCGGCGACGUGCGAGCGACGGUGGAGAACUGAGGAAGGAGACGGGGCGUUUUUUCAAAUGAUUCGAAAGUAUCAGGACAUGUUUGCAAAAUGCAUAAUGUACAGCAUGCGCGACAUCUAAAUCCGAACGGAAGGAUUUUAUUUUUUGAAGUUUU